UCUCCCCCUCGAAGGAGUCUUCUCAAAAGCGUUGAGGACGAGUUGUUCCAACGGGGACACAUCGCACACCUCCAAGAUGCCUUUGAAGAGGUGGAGCUGUCGACUCUGAAGCCCGGGGUUCCUCCUCCUCUGCCCCCAAAGCCGCGGUUGAACAGCUCGUCUGAGGAGCUGGGUCUGAACGACGACCGCUCCCUGACGGUGCGGAGGUUCCCGAACUCUGAGAACGGACCGACUCCGGUGGCCCGUAUCCAGAGCACACCGGAGCACCUGGGCAACAAGCUGGAGCACUCCUCUCCUGACUUCCUGUCCGUCAGCGUCAGCAGCCCCGGCCUCCUGUCCCACGCCUCCGACCCCGAUAACGAUUCGGAUGACAGUGUGAAUGGAGAAGGUAACAUGCAGCCGCUCAACAGGCAGCGCCACAAGGAGAAAAAGGAAUUCCCUAAACCAGCCAUCAACGGUCUUCCUCCCACUCCUAAAGUCCUGAUGGGAGCCUGUUUCUCUAAAGUGUUUGACGGCUGUCCUCUGAAGAUCAACUGUGCCACGUCAUGGAUUCAUCCGGACACCAAAGAUCAGUACAUCAUCUUUGGGACGGAGGAUGGCAUCUAUACGCUGAAUCUUAACGAGCUGCAUGAAGCCACAAUGGAGCAGCUGUUCCCGAGGAAAUGCACAUGGCUGUACGUCAUCAACAACAACCUGAUGUCUCUAUCUGAAGGGAAAACCUUCCAGCUGUAUUCUCAUAACCUCAUCGGGCUGUUUGAGCAGCUGAAGAAGCCCGGCCUCGCCGCUCAGUUCCAGACGCACCGCUUCCCCGACAAAAUCCUGCCCAGGAGGUUCGCCCUGACGACCAAGAUCCCCGACACAAAGAGCUGCCAUAAGUGCUGCAUCGUGAGGAACCCGUACACCGGCCAUAAGUAUCUGUGUGGAGCUCUGCAGUCGGGCAUCGUUCUGCUGCAGUGGUACGAGCCCAUGCAGAGGUUCAUGCUCAUCAAGCACUUUGACUUCCCCCUGCCCAGCCCCCUGAAGGUGUUUGAGAUGCUGGUGGUCCCGGAGCAGGAGUAUCCUCUGGUGUGUGUUGCCAUCAGUCAGGGCAGCGAGCGGGGACAGGUGGUCCGCUUCGAGACCAUCAACCUCAACUCCUGCUCCUCCUGGUUCACCGAGAUUGGAGCAACUCAUCAGCAUGUUGAUGCGAUCCAUGUGACGCAGCUGGAGAGAGACACAGUGUUGGUGUGUUUGGACCAAAAUUUGAAGAUAGUGAACCUCCAGGGCCGACUGAAGUCCAACAAGAAGCUGGCGUCUGAGCUCAGCUUCGAAUUCUGCAUCGGGUCUGUCGUGUGCCUUCAGGACAGCGUUCUGGCCUUCUGGAAACACGGCAUGCAGGGGAAGAGCUUCAAGUCUAAUGAGGUGACCCAGGAGAUCUGUGAUCCGAGCCGAGUUUUCCGCCUGCUCGGGUCUGACAGGUAGGAGCACAGAGAUUUAAAUCUGUAGAGACUCUCUCACACACACACACACACACACACACACACACACACACACACACACACACACACUUCCUUUACUCGCUCAAGCUUUUUUGAAAAUAUACCUUAAUACGGCAACUCCUACUCUCAUAUUAUUAUGUCAUCACUUGCUGUUUUUAAUCACAUUAAGUUCUUUCCUCCAAUUAUUAUGAGAUCAUCUAAGUUGAAAUAUCUCAGUAAUGAAUUUAUUUUUGUUAUAACAGACUAAACUUUGGCUUUAGAGGUAAAUAAAGACCCCAGAUUUGUUGUUUUUAACGAAAAUAUCUCCCCUUAGAGAGUGAUCUAACCCAGUGUAGCACCAUAGUCUCAAAGGACCGCGUAAACUCAUCACCUCACUUCCUGCUUACCUUUAUUUUUAUUUAUAAUUGGUGUGAUUCAUUAUCUCCAUGACCUCAAUAUUACUAGUAAUUAUAUCAGUUCUCCCUCAGGUGUUAUUGCCUGAGACACCCUCACCUCCUCAGCUCUCUGUCUCUACC